AUGGAACUGAAUCGGUGGCAGCAACAAACAACAUACUGCCAAGCGAAUAGUGACUACGUAGAACAAGCUACAGGUGCCUUCGUUCACAUUGCUGCAGUAGUUCUCUUCAAAGUGGAAGCCAGGAUGGUAGCAUAUCCAAUGAACAAAGUCAGCUUCUGUUGUUUUUGGUGUCCUCUCACUCGUCUACUUGUUCAGUCAUCCACAGGACAUGACUUCCAAUGUGCCAAUGGAUCCUCUGUUCCACCAAAGGAAGCAUGAAAUUUCACCAACCAGCGCGAAGAUAGCAGUGAUGAAAAACAUUGUUCUUCCUAUGAAACAUGUGACUUUGAAACUGACCUAUGCAAUAUGAUUCAUAAUGGGAACUUACAGACUGGAUGGACUAGGAGAAAUGGCCUGACCGAUAUGAGAUCUCCACAUUCUGAUCACAACGGGAAUAAAACUGCCUAUUUCCUCUUAUUGUCCUCUGAAGUGACCUUAUCUCCUGCAACUUUAAGGAGCAGAGUUUUCCUCCCUACUGAUAGCAAACACAUUUGCCAGAUUGCAUUUUACUAUUGGAUUGGUCAAAUGAGGGGAACGUUGAUGGUGGGAUUCCAAACACGUUCUGAUGGUGCUUUUAAAAACAUCUGGCAAGAAGCAGGAGGGCCACAAAACCAGUGGAGAACAAAUGUGAUCACAAUCAAUAGCACUGAAAAAUUUGAGGUUGUCAUUCAAGGGACACUUGAGGCCUGGGGACCAGAUGACACCAUUGCUAUUGAUGAUAUUUCUUUCAGUGGUGGAUGUUUUCCAGCAUUUGAGCAGCACUUUUGCAGUUUCGAGCUUGACAUGUGUCACUGGAAUUCAGAUUCAUCGUUUGAACACGUUUCCUGGGUGCGCACAAAAGCAGAAAAUAAUCUUGCCUCAAAAUCAGCUCCCCUGAAAGAUCAAAGCAAUGAUACUGGAGGUCAUUACGUGUGUGUGACAGCUAAUGACAACACAUUAUACAAAAGUGCUUAUCUUAACAGCUCCAUGUAUCACUGCUUUGGCAAGAAUUGCCAUUUUCAGUUUUAUUACUCCAUGGCAGAUAGCAGUGUUCUCAAAGUGGUACUGUAUACUAACAAGGAGGAACAAGUACUGUGGGAAACCAACACAUCAACUAACAAUGAGUGGGUCAGAGCAGAUGUGCAGGUGCCAGCAAGUCUGAAAAAAUUAAAGCUUGUGUUUGAAGGAACUAUUCAGAGCAGGACAGGGUUUAUCUGUCUGGAUAACCUCCAGUUCUCAGACUGGGCAACAGAAUCACCGGAGCUCUGCUCCCCAGAGGAGUUCACCUGUGCCAAUGGCCAGGGUGUUGCCAGUGGAUCAGCCUGUGAUUACCAGCUGGACUGUUCUAAUGGAAGUGAUGAAGAUCCAACAGCUUGUUCAAAUUAUACUAUGUGUAACUUUUAGUCUGAUUUUUGUGGAUGGAAGCCAUUAAAUACAGAAGAUGCUAAGUGGAAUAUAAUAAAAGGAGAGACUUCCAAUGACACAAAACUUCCCAACAGAGAUCAUACAACCAACAGUGAACACGGAUCAUUCAUUUAUUUUGGAGGAUCACUGCAGGCAAACACGAAACCUGUCAUGUCCCGCCUUGGGAGUCCUAUCCUUACUAAGCUGUCCUUUGACUCUGUCCAUUGUCAGAUAAUACUUUGGUAUCAGUUGUCUCAGGAUUCCCAGGUCUCUGUCUUUAAGAGAACCAUCCUUGGUGAGGAUUUGCAAAAACUAAGCGACAUGACAGGUUUGUCCAAGAGGCAGUGGACUAAAGCAAAUAUUCUUAUAGAAAGCAAACCUGAGGAAAUAUCACCAUCUUUCCAGAUCAUUUUACAAGCCACUGUUCUAUCAGAGAAUGCCACUGUUGCUAUAGAUGACAUCAGUAUAACAAUGGAAUGUGGUAUUGCGUAUAAAUCAAUUUCAGAUACCAGCCAAGAAAGCAAAGCUGCUAAAUGUGACUUUGAAACAGACAGCUGUGGCUGGUUUGAGACUGUUAGUGCAGAUGGAUUUGACUGGGUAAGAAGCUCCAGAAGUGCACUUCCAUCUGCUUUUCAGAAACAAGCCCCGCGAGAGGAUGAUACCUAUAACAAAUCUGAAGGUCAUUUUAUGUUAAUUCUGAGAAGCAGCAGCAGCAUUUCACAGGUUGCUCAAAUACGAAGCCCCAAGUUCAACCAGGCUGGAUCAGGUUGCACAGUGUCCUUCUGGUAUGAAUUAAGUUUUAUUUUAAAUUUGUGGAACAUCUGACAUUGCUUCUGUUGGACUGAAAUUAAGGUUAGAAUUUCCAGUAGUAAUUAUACUGUCCUCUGGAGGGUGUACUAUAAUCAAGGAGAGCAGUGGUUAAAGGCUUUCAUUCAGCUUGGCCACCUACCAUGGCCCUUCCAAUUAUCACUGUAUAAAGUCAGCCUUGGAUUUUAUGAUGGUGUCUCAGCAAUUGAUGAUAUACAUUUUGAGAACUGUGCUCUUCCACCUCCAACAGUAAGCUGUGAAGGUCCUGAUCGUUUCUGGUGCCGAGACACAAAGGCUUGCAUCGACAGUUUAUUGGUGUGUGAUCUCGUGGAUGAUUGUGGGGAUGGUUCUGAUGAGGAAAAUUGCAAACCUGAGCUACAGUGUAAUUUUGAAAAUGGGCUAUGCAACUGAAACCAGAACAUGGAUGACAACUUUGACUGGACCAGAAACCAGGGCCCAACUUCCACAUUUGCCACAGGACCAAUAAAGGAUCAUACUUUGGGUAUAGUCAAGGGGCAUUAUCUAUACAUAGAAUCCUCAGAACCGCAAGUCUUCCAAAAUAGAGCAGUUUUGCUGAGUCUGAUUUUUAAUGACACUUCCACUGGUGGCAAUAAAAGCUGUAUUUUCCGCUUUCAUUAUCAUAUGUUUGGAAAACACAUUUAUGAGCUGUCAGUCUUCUGGAGAAUUUUGAGCAACUCAAAGGGUCAUCUGCUGUGGCAGAAGUUUGGAAAUCAAGGGAACAGAUGGAUACGGCAAAUACUCAAUAUUACAAGUGCUAAGCCUUUUCAGAUCUUGGUGGAAGGUACUGUGGGAGAUGGUUUCUGUGGAGACAUUGGAAUAGAUGACUUGUCCUUUACAGACUGUAGCUUUUACAAUGGAAAUUUGCCAACUAUCUCAUCAACACCCUCAGGAACUUCAGUUCCUGCAACACUCCUUACGAACAAUUGCACAGAGAAAGAAUUUGUCUGUAGAGAAAUGGGCCACUGCAUCCAGAUGAUCCAGAGAUGUGAUUUCAGACCUGACUGCUCUGAUAAGUCUGAUGAGUCCUCUUGUGCAGUGGAAGUUUGUGAUUUUGAAGGUGAAAAUUUAUGUGAAUGGUAUCAAUCAGUAAGAGAAGUGGCAGCAGCAACUGUUUCAGUCCAUUCCACUAGUGCAUUCCAGUGGGGCCUUGGAAAUGGAGCAACCGUGCAUCCUGGGGAAGAAAACCACAGGCCAUCAACUGAUCACACAAUGGUUACUAAAGAAGGCUGGUAUCUGUAUGCAGAUAGUUCAAAUGGAGAAUUUGGUCAUACUGCUGACAUUGCCACUCCAGUCAUUUCACUCACUGGACCCAAAUGCAAACUGGUAUUUUGGAAUCAUAUGAAUGGUGCAACAGUUGGUUCUCUGCAGGUACUCAGUAAAAUUGAUGAUGUUACAGCUGUCCUUUGGGUUCAAAGUGGCUCCCAAGGCGCUCAGUGGAACAGAGCAGAAGUGUUCCUAGGAAUUCACUCUGAUUUUCAGAUUAUUUUCAGGGCAAAACGUGUCAGUUAUGUGGGAGAUGUGGCAGUGGAUGAUAUUUCCUUUGAAGAUUGUUCCCCUUUGCUGAUCCCAGACAGACCCUGCACUUUUGAAGAAUUCACAUGUGCCAAUAAGUACUGCAUCCCAAAGGAUAAUCUGUGUGAUUUUGUGAAUGACUGUGCUGAUAACUCAGAUAAGAGCCCUAACAUUUGCAGUACAUCCAUGGGGCAUUGUGAUUUUGAAUUUGAUCUUUGUGCCUGGGAGCAGGAUCAGAAUGAUGACUUUGAUUGGAAUCUCAGAACUGGCAGCAUCCUGAAAUCUAGCCUUGGACCAGCUGCUGAUCAUACCUUGCAAGGGCCAUCUGGUCAUUACAUCUUCAUAAAGAGCUCAUUCCCUCGGUUGCCAGAGCAGAAGGCCAGGAUUUUCAGUCCCAAGCUAAGCAGAGGAAGCAAAAACUGCAAGAUAUUAUUUUAUUACAAUAUGUAUGGAGUGAACAUUGGAUCAUUAACCAUCUAUCAGGUGACAGCAUCAAACCAAGAAAAAGUCCUAUUCCACCUAACUGGAAACCAGGGAAAUUUCUGGCAGAGGAGGCUGUUGCUUCUGAAUGCAGAUGAGGACUUUCAGAUCACCUUUGAAGGGCAAGUUGGGAAAGAAUACAGGGGCGACAUAGCAAUUGACGACAUCACGUUCACUAAGGAAUGUUUGCCAUCACCUGACUUAUCAGCAGAACCCACAGCACUACCUUCAACAGGCUCCCGCUCACAUGGCUAUUGGGAAUGUCAGAACGGCAAGUGUUACAGACCAGAACAAAGCUGCGAUUUUGUAGAUGACUGCAGGGAUAAUACCGAUGAGAAUGAAUGUGGUACUUCCUGCACAUUUGAGAAAGGCAGAUGUGGCUGGCAAAAUUCCCUAGCUGACAACUUUGACUGGGUUCUGGGAGUCGGCUCACCUCAAAGUCUCAGACCUCCCAGGGACCACACACUUGGAAAUGGAAUUGGAGCAUUCCUAUAUCUUGAAGCUACACCAAUAGGCCUAAGAGAUGAAAAAGCCCAUGUGAAGAGCUCCAGGUGGAAAGAGUCGGGCACAGCUUGUAUGAUGAGUUUUUGGUACUACAAGUCCUCAAAAGCCACAGGACACAUUCAGGUUCUCAUUAAGACGGAGGAAGGACUACGAAGAUUGGCACUAAGCUACCCAGAAAAAUUGUGUUCAUGUGAGUUCUUACUCCAGAAGAGUCCAAGCCACAAAGUUUUGAAUCCAGAUCCAAACUUUCCAAUAGUUAUGUCUAUUCAGAUGUGCAGUUUGGUUGGAGAGAGUCCUAGGGAAUGCCCAGCAGUCACUGAUUUUAUGUGUUGGAACAAGAACUGCGUUCAGUCUCACCUUGUUUGCGACUACAAACCAGACUGCAAGGACCUAUCAGAUGAAGCUGAUUGCAGCCAAUAUACCAGUACCCCUGGAAGCUGUAACUUUGAAACAGGAAACCAAGAUUGGAUUAUUGCAUGUGGAUUAACACAAGAUUCUGCUAAUGAUUUUGAUUGGCGUAUUGGCAACAGGGUUGUCACAGGGCAAAGGGGUCCUGAUGGUGACCACACACCAGGAAAUAUUAAGUUCAUCACAUCAGGUAAUGGACAACAUUUUUUGUAUGUCAACUCAUCUGCGCAGCAGGAAGGAAAUAGAGCAAGGAUAAUUACUUCAAAACUCUUCCCAGCAAGCCUCGGAGUGUGUAGAGUCCGGUUCUGGUUCUGGCUGUGUGAUUCCAGGCAAACAGGAAUUUUAAAGGUGUACACUGUUGAAGAACAUGGAAUGCAUAUUCUGAUGUGGUCUUCAAGUGGAAAUAAAGGAAGCAGGUGGACGUAUGCAAAUAUGGUUCUCUCUAGCAACAGUCCUUUUAGAGUCACAUUUGAAGCUGAAGUGGGAGGGAAUGAGUUCACAGAAGUUGCUCUUGAUGAUACUUCUUUCACCCUGGAAUGCAUGGAUGCAGGAACAGCCAAACCACAACCUCCAACGUGCAGCGCUGACCGGUUCACUUGUGUGUACGUACAAUAGUGUGUACCUCUUGCUGUAAAAUGUAAUGGAGUAGAGGAUUGUAUGGAUGGAGCUGAUGAAAUUAAUUGUCCUAUUGAGAUUCCUACCACGGCUUCUCCAUGGCUUUGCAAGGAAACAGAGUUCCUGUGUGCUAAUAUAGGUUGUACCCCAUCACUCUUGAGAUGUGACAGUGUGCCUGACUGCCAGUUUAAUGAAGAUGAAACUGACACCACAAAGGACUGCUUCAAUGGUUCUUUGUUGUGUGCAUCAGCUAAUACAUGUAUUCCAGUCUCCAAGCGCUGUGGCGGUAUUGCAGACUGCUUUGAUUUCAGUCUUGAUGAAUCCAGCUGUUCAGGUUGUCCAGAAGGAUAUUGCAAAAACGGAGGAACUUGUAUCAUCAAAGACGCUGUUCCUUUAUGCCAAUGUGGAAAAGAAUGGCAAGGAAACCGUUGCCACAUCAAGGUUAAUCCUCCCACUACUUCAGUUUCCAUUCUCCUUCAAAAUGAUAUUUGGACUGGCUUGGGCAUUGCGUUAGCUUUCCUACUGAUCAAAAUCACAGUCACUGUGUUGUAUUUCCUGUGGAAGAAGAAAGUGCCAAGAACGAACCUGGAGGAAAUACAUAAUACUGCAUUCACUAACCCAUUGUACGACGAUCAUAGCUCACCUGGGGAAGUAAAGACCCCUAAGUGUAUUGCCUCACCUGUUGUUCAAAUCAGUGUUUCCCCAUGGCAAAUGCAGCAGGAGCAUGCUUUCAGUAAAGAUACAAGUGCCCCUUCCUUUGCCAGUCAUCUUUAUGGCAAUGCAACAGAAAACAUGGAGAACCUGUACAAUUUCUUCAAAGUAGAUGUACAAUAG